ACUUGGAAGGAUUGAGCCCCCUCCCAGAAAUGGCUGCAUGGUGGGGAGCCCAGGGUCCCCACCACCCCUCUUUAUCACAACCACAGGGCUUCAGAGCACCAGAGACCCCAUACUGGAUCAGAUAAUGGAUCUCCCUCAACUGGCACGGGUGUAGUCGUCCAGGAGCUGUGUGGUGGUGGUCUUAGACCCUUUACUUUUUUGGCAGCAGCGUCCCCAUGUCUCCAGCAUCAUGAUCCAAUUAGCAUGAAAAGGGAGUGUGCUAGCCCCAUGCUUCCUUGUCCUCUCUGCUGAUUGGAACCAAUCAGAGUGAAAGGAGGCGAAUCAGCUUCCGAGAGGACUCUUCUCAGUAGUUCAGAGAAAGAGAAGGGAGCACUUCUUGACCAUCUAGUGCCAAGAAAUGCAGACCUGGGAAAAGGAUUCUGGCCCAGACCUCUGUGCCCAGGUGGUAGCUUUGGCCGAGGAUUUCCUCCUGAAGCCUGACAGACAAGUGCAAAAUGUACCUCGGCUCUUGGGACGGAAUCUUCCAGAUGUCAUGAAGCUGCAGGAAGACAAGCAGAAGGAGGACGAUGAAGAUGAGGAGGAGGCUGGCUUGUUAGAAGUUGAUGGGGAAAAUGAGGAGACAGCUUUUCAACUGGAAAGACCAGAGCACAUGAACUCCAGCCGAAUGUUGUUGGAAGAUGUCAUCAUUGGGAAAUUUUUGCAAGUGCCUGAGGUAGAAGAAGAAUCUCUCGGCAACGUGUCCAAGAUGAGCUUUGCGACAGAGAAGCCAUUUGAAUGCUCCGAGUGUGGAAAGCACUUCGCUACCAGCUCCCACCUGAUCAAUCAUAAACGAGUGCACACAGGGGAGAAACCGUAUAAAUGCUUAAGCUGUGGGAAAAGCUUCACAGAGAGAGGCAAUCUUCUGAAACACCAGAGAACCCACACAGGCGAAAAACCAUACGAAUGCUCUGACUGCGGGAAAGCCUUUGGCAUCAGCUCCCAGCUUAUAAGUCACAAAAGGGUCCACACUGGCGAGAAGCCAUACGAGUGCUUGGACUGCGGGAAGAGCUUUUGCACCAGCUCUCAGCUCGUACGCCAUAACAGGGUGCACACGGGGGAGAAGCCAUACGAGUGCUCCGAGUGUGGGAAAACCUUCAGCCAGAGGUCAUACCUCGUAGGACACGAGAGGACCCACACGGGUGAGAAACCGUUCAAAUGCUCACAGUGCGGAAAGUGGUUCUCACACCGCUCUGACCGCCUGAGGCAUGAGAAGAUCCACACGGGGGAGAAGCCGCACAAGUGCUUGGACUGUGGGAAAGGUUUCAAUCAGAAAGGAUCCCUCGUCACACACCAGAGAACCCACACGGGGGAGAAGCCGUUUGAAUGCUCAGAGUGCGGGAAAAGCUUCAACGACCGAGGCUACCUUAUUACACACCGGAGAACUCACACUGGAGAAAAGCCAUACGAGUGCACGGAUUGUGGGAAAAGCUUCAGUCGAACAUCCCACCUGACCGCACAUAAAAGAACACACACGGGAGAGAGGCCAUAGCAUGGUCAGAAUGUGAGGAGUGAGAGGAGAAGCACACACCCCCAGUCUGACAUUUGUAAGAUGUCAGAAAAUCCAUGUAAAACUCUUAAGGAUGCUUAGAAUAUUGAAAAAACUGUGGAGCUACAGCAUUAUGAAUGUUUAGACCAGGGCAGGGGAACCUUUAGCUCUCCAGAUGUUGAACUAUAACUCCCAUCAGCCACAGCAUGGCCAACGGCCAGGGAUGUUGGGAGUUGUAGUUCAGCAACAUCUGGAGAGCCAAAGGUUCCCUACACCUGGUUUACACAAUAGGGAAGUCUUGUGCGGAGCUGAAAAGGAAUUUGACAGCAGAACCACAUAGGGGAGACCCAACCAUUGGAAUAUCUUCUGAUUGAACAGACACUUCUGACGUGCUGUUUUCCAGUAAUGGCCCCAAGAUGUCUUCAAGAAGUAGGGUAGGAAGUCAACAACCCCUCCCCUCCUCGGUAGUAUUUCCUAGCAUUUGGACGUCUGAGGUAUACUGCCUCCACUUGGAAGUUCUAUUUUGCUGUCAUGGUAAAUAGUUGCCGCUGAACCUAUCCUGUUUGUGACUAGGGUUUAACCCACUUUUUCAAAGUCCUCUUGAGGUUGCUCACCACACCUCUGUGGCACCAAAUUCAAUAGGUUAGCUAUGCACCGUUUGAAUAAUUUCUCUUGUUUAUUGUGAAUCUACUGCCCUAAAUUGGAGAGCCCAGAUUUUAGUAUUAUUUGAGAGGGGGUGGAAUCUCUCCCUCUCUGCCGUCUCUCCACCAGCCUUUCCCAAUUUGGUGUCCUCAAAAUGUUGUUGGAUUUCAACUCCCAUCAGCCCCAGCCAGCAUGGCCAAUAGUCAGGAAUGAUGGGAGUUAGAGUCCAACAAUGUCUAGAGAGGAUCGUGUUGGGGAAGGCUGCUCUCCCAAACACUUUAGCCCAGAGAUGGGGAACUUGUGAUAGAGGUUGACAUAUAGAAAUCAUUUAAAUACUUUAUAAUGAACAAGUUAAAUAGAUCUUCAGGGGACCCGACAUCUUAUUCUCAUCAGUUACAAAAACUGCCCCAUUUAUUCCUAGGCUCCGAUUCCUGUUUCACAACCAGUUCCCAAUCCACAAGAGGACCUGUUUUCCCCCCAUCCCAUAGUGCUGAGUUUGUUCAAGAGCCUUUGAUGCUCUUUUUGGAGUCCCAAGUAUAUAAUAUCUCCUGGAUCAUUCCUGAUCCACGUGCUUGGGGAAGGCCCAUAGCUCAGUAGUAGAGCAUCUGUCUCGCAUGCUGGAGGUCUCAGGUUCAGUCCUCUGCAUCUCCAGGUAGGACUGGAAGAGACUCCUGCCUGAAACCCUGGGAAGGCUGCUGCCAGUCCGUGUAGACAAUACUGAGCUAGAUGGACCAAUGGUCUGAUUCAGUAUUAGGCAGCUUCUUAUGUUCCUUGUUGACGCUCUCCCAGAACUCUAAGAAGGUUGAUGGGGCAGGACUUUGCAGAAUCCAUGCUGAUGCCUCCUCAGCAGGGUUUAUUCUUCAGUAGCCUGGUUUGCACAUAACACUAAGCAUUGUUUUGUUUUAGUCAAAAGUGUAUUUUGUGUGAACAUCUAAGCUCAGCAGACUAACCAUGGUUUGUUUUCUGGGAACAAACCAGUGUGAAGCCAGUUUCUUGUUAGGUAACAAACCAUAUCUUGUUUUAACCAUGGUUUUGUGUUAUGUCAGAAACCCCACAGCCUCGCUUAACCAUGAUUUGUUUGAUCACCACACCCCAGAGAGUCAUCAUGCUACAAAGGCACAAGGCAAGAGCAACAAACUUGUUGUUGAUCAAACCACUCUUAAAACAAACCAUGGCUUAGCAUUCUGUGCCAAUGUAGCCAAUAUGUUUGUUUUCUACAAAUUUGACUGGGACAGAAGUUAAGCUGAUGGACCUGUAAAUUUGCUGGAUCCCUUUUUAAACGUGUUACAUUGCCUGCCUUCCAAUUCUCUGGUAAAGAAGCAGAUUAUAAGUUGCAAGGUGUUUUUUUUUUAAUAAAGUUUAGAAAUUACAUAUUUUGAGUUUUUCUGCCCUGGUGACCUGUAAUUGAUUUUUUAUUUAUUUUAUUGAUUUGCAGUUUUGUAAACUAUUUCACAACAAAUGUUGCCAAUGUACAGUAACAAGACUAAAUUUAAAGUACAAAAGAUUACGAGCUCAGUAAACUGAAAGUAUUAAAACCGUUUCUGCAGUUA